CCUGUCCUUAUCCCGGUGUGUGCCACUUUCUACCCUCCGCCUCCGUCCGACUGUCCGCGGGCAAACGAGCCGCCCGACACCCGCCAGCACACCGGACCGAAGCCUCGAGAGCAUGGGGACCGCGCUUUUACCGUCGCUGGAGGACUAACUACCAAAACAAACUUCUAUUUCCAGCGAUUCACGGCGAGAGGACGGGGCUGAGAGACCGGAGAAAGUCGCCGGGUUGAAACUUUUACGCAGCGAUUCAAACAUGGAUACACUUUUCGUUUUUCUUGGACUUGUCUUUUUUCUCUUCUCCGCGCCGGUGUCAGCUCAAAUUCCAACAGGAAGCUGCACGUUCGACGAAGGCUUCUCUCAGUGCGAUUACCAGCAGGAUCACAAUGACGACUUUGACUGGACCCACAUCAACACACAGGAAGUGCCAUAUGUGUCCCCUGACCUGCCACAAGGAUCCUACAUGUUUGUGGACGUGUCUCAGUACGACGCAGGAGAGAAGGCACGUUUUCAGCUCCCUGUCAUGAAGGAGAAUGACACCCACUGCAUCGACUUCAACUACCUCCUCAGCAGUCCCGACGGCUCCAGCCCGGGCACCCUUAACAUACUGGUCAAGGUGAACAAGAGUCCUCGCAACGCUAACCCCAUAUGGAACGUGACAUCCUACACUGGUAAAGGCUGGCUGAAGGCUGAGCUGGCGGUCUCCACAUUUUGGCCCAAUGAAUAUCAGGUCGUUUUUGAAGCCGUGGUCUCGGACAGCAAAGUGGGCUUCAUCGCCGUGGACGACAUUCAGGUGCUCAGCUACCCGUGCGAUAAGUCCCCUCACUUUCUGCGCCUGGGGGACGUGGAGGUGAACGCUGGGCAGAAUGCCACCUUUCAGUGUAUUGCCACAGGACGAGACACCAACAACAAGCUCUGGCUACAGAGGAGAAAUGGAGAGGAUAUACCUGUGGCUCAGACUAAAAACAUAAACCAUCGUCGCUUUUCUGCGUCCUUCCACCUGAACGAGGUGACCAGCCAGGACCAGGACCAGUACCGCUGUGUGACGCAGUCUGAGCGCGGCUCCGGGGUCUCCAACUUUGCUCAGCUCAUCGUCAGAGAGCCCCCCCUGCCCAUCGCCCCUCCUCAGCUCCUGGGAGUCGGCCCCACCUACCUCCUCAUUCAGCUCAACGCCAACUCUAUAUUCGGAGAUGGGCCUAUUAUACUCAAAGAAGUGGAGUAUCGGAUGACUUCGGGGACCUGGACAGAGACCCACGCCGUGAACUCGCCCAAUUAUAAACUCUGGCACCUCGAUCCAGACACCGAGUAUGAGAUCAGGGUGCUGCUCACUCGGCCCGGAGAAGGAGGCACGGGGAAAGCAGGACCUCCGCUCAUCACCAGGACUAAAUGUGCAGAGCCCAUGCGGACCCCGAAGCGUCUAAAGAUCGCUGAAACCCGUUCUCGUCUGAUCGCCGUGGACUGGGAGUCUUUGGGCUACAAUAUCACGCGCUGUCACACCUUCAACGUCACCAUCUGCUACCACUACAUGACCGCUAACAACCGCAGCAAGGCCGACUGCCUGGACAUGGACCCCAAGGCGCCAAGACAUGUAGUUGGAAACCUGCCUCCCUACACCAAUGUGAGUUUGAAGAUGAUUUUGACCAACCCAGAGGGACGCAAGGAAAGCGAUGAGACUAUCAUUCAAACAGAUGAGGAUGUCCCAGGAUCUGUUCCCAGCCAGUCUCUAAAAGCGACUCCUUUUGAGGACAGGAUUCUUCUGAUGUGGAAAGAACCAACAGAGCCCAAUGGCAUCAUCAUUCAGUAUGAGCUUACCUACAAUGUACUGCGAUCCUUCGACCCAUCUGUACCCCUCCAGCGCCCGGACCCAGCAGUGUUUUUGCCCUCUAAUGCAACACAUCACCUGUUUUCUCAACUCAAUCCUGGCGUCACCUACCAGCUGUCAAUCAGGGCAUCCACCUCCAAAGGCUUCGGACCGGCAACCACACUCAAUGUCACCACCAAUAUAUCAGCUCCUACUUUGGAGGAGUAUGAUGGAUCUGAGGCCUUUUUGAACGAAACUGCAACGACGAUUACAGUGUUGCUUAAGCCAGCCCAGGCCAAAGGAGCACCAAUAAGUGCGUACCAGAUUGUGGUCGCGGAAGUGAACCCACAGCGCUCUCGCCGGCAAGCUUCUUCGGACUGCUACGAGGUGCCGGUGUCCUACCACAGCGCAUCUAUCAGUGGCUCUCCGUACUACUAUGCUGCCCAGUUAUCGCCGAGUAACCUGCCCGAGCCCCUCCCCUUUACAGUGGGAGACAACAAAACCUACCAGGGCUUCUGGAAUCCUCCUCUGGCUCCAAGAAAGAACUACAACAUUUACCUCCAAGCCGUGAGCAGCACUGAGAGGGAGACAAAAACGCAGUGUCUGAGGCUAGCUACUAAAAGUGCUACAGAGGAGCCAGAAGUCAUUCCAGACCCUGAGAAGCGAGCUGACCGCGUGGUGAAAAUAGCUGGGAUCAGCGCCGGAGUCUUGGUCUUCAUCCUGUUAGUUCUGGUGGCCAUCCUCCUGGUCAAGAAGAGGAGGACCUACUAUUCAUACUCUUAUUACCUGAAACUGGCGAAAAAACGCAAAGACGCCAUUGGGACGACGCGGCAGGAAAUGACGCACAUGGUGAACGCCAUGGACCGUAGCUAUGCCGACCAGAGCACGCUCCACGGAGACGACCCCAUGGCUGUGACCUUUAUGGACAGCCACAACUACAACAACAGAUAUGAGAACCACACAGGCUCGGCGGCGGAGAACAGCCGGCUCCUGGACGUGCCGCGGUACCACUGCGAGGGCACCGAGUCGCCCUAUCAGACGGGUCAGCUGCACCCCGCCAUCAGGGUGGCCGACCUGCUGCAGCACAUCAACCUCAUGAAGACCUCCGACAGCUACGGCUUCAAGGAGGAGUAUGAGAGUUUCUUUGAGGGCCAGUCCGCCACCUGGGAUGUGGCCAAGAAGGAGCAAAACCGCACCAAGAAUCGUUACGGCAACAUCAUAGCCUAUGACCACUCUAGGGUUAUCCUCCAGCCAAUAGAAGAUGACCCUUCCUCCGACUACAUCAACGCCAACUACAUCGAUGGUUAUCAGAGACCAAGCCACUAUAUUGCCACUCAGGGUCCAGUUCAUGAGACAGUUUAUGACUUCUGGAGGAUGGUGUGGCAAGAACAGUCUGCCUGCAUCGUCAUGGUAACCAAUCUGGUGGAGGUUGGCAGGGUUAAGUGCUACAAGUACUGGCCAGAUGACGCAGAGGUCUAUGGGGAUUUCAAAGUGACAUUUGUGGAAGUCGAGCCUCUUGCUGAAUACGUUGUUCGUACAUUUACUCUGGAGAGGCGUGGUUUCAACGAGGUACGUGAAGUCAAGCAGUUCCACUUCACCGGCUGGCCUGAUCAUGGCGUCCCAUACCACGCCACGGGACUACUUUCCUUCAUCCGCAGAGUCAAGAUGUCUAACCCUCCCUCUGCUGGGCCUAUUGUUGUUCACUGCAGUGCUGGGGCGGGGCGUACAGGCUGCUUCAUCGUCAUCGACAUAAUGCUGGACAUGGCGGAGAGAGAAGGAGUGGUGGACAUCUACAACUGUGUCAAAGCCUUGCGCUCUCGGAGGAUCAACAUGGUACAGACUGAGGAGCAGUACAUUUUCAUCCACGAUGCCAUACUAGAGGCCUGUCUGUGCGGAGAGACGGCCAUCCCUGUGUGCGAGUUCAAAGCAGCGUUUUAUGAGCUCAUCCGCAUCGACUCCCAAACCAACUCCUCACAUCUGAAGGACGAGUUUCAGACCUUAAACUCGGUGACUCCGCAGCCACAGCCUGAAGACUGCAGCAUCGCUUUGUUGCCUAGAAACCAAGACAAAAACCGGUUUAUGGAUGGCCUCCCUCCAGACCGAUGCCUGCCUUUCCUGAUUACUAUAGACGGAGAGAGCAGCAACUACAUCAAUGCCGCUCUGAUGGAUAGUUACAGACAACCCGCAGCCUUCAUCGUGACCCAGCAUCCUUUGCCCAACACUGUCAAAGACUUCUGGCGUCUCGUAUACGAUUAUGGAUGCACCAGUCUUGUGAUGUUGAAUGAGAUUGACUUGGCCCAGGGCUGUCCUCAGUACUGGCCAGAGGAGGGCAUGCUGCGAUACGGGCCCGUCCAGGUAGAAUGUAUGUCCUGCUCUAUGGACUGUGACGUUAUUAGCCGGCUCUUUAGAGUUUGCAACCUCACCAGGCCUCAGGAAGGUUAUCUGAUGGUCCGUCAGUUCCAGUAUCUGGGGUGGGCGGGGCAUAGAGAAGUGCCCGCUUCCAAGCGCUCUUUCCUCAAGUUGAUUCUGCAGGUGGACCAGUGGCAGCGCGAGGGAGAGGAGGGAGAGGGGAGGACCAUAGUACACUGCCUAAAUGGCGGUGGGCGGAGUGGAGUUUUCUGUGCCUGCAGCAUCGUGUGUGAAAUGGCCAAGAGACAGAGCGUGGUCGAUGUGUUCCACGCCGUCAAGACCUUGAGAAACAGCAAGCCCAACAUGGUGGACACUCCGGAGCAGUAUCGCUUCUGCUACGACCUGGCGCUUGAGUUCAUCGAGUCGUCUUCGUAAGAGCAGAUGAGACAGAGGAGAGAGAGGAACAUCUUUACACCUUGUUUGUGUUUGGUCCCAGCUCCCCUUGUCAGCAGCCAUUCUGUAGCCUAAAGAGUGGAACUUUUGCACCUCUACAAAUGGCACAUUCAUUUAAAGGGAAAUGCUUGGACAUGGACUUGACGCAUGCCAGACAAGGGAGAAGAGGAUAUACUUAUUAUUGUACAGAUGUUUCCAGUCACAGAGGGUCCCUGUUUGUUCUGGAGCCUCUUUCUCCACAACUGUAGACUUUGAGUUGCAAUCCCCAGUUUGGACUGUAGAUGUCGCUCUUGGCCACGAGGAGCAUCUGGACUGCGAGUUAGAUUCCCACAUCAUGAGAGCGAGGGCAUUGCUUCUUGUCGGUAUUUGCAGUUUGUACUUUGUUUUGAGUACAAUCUUAUAUAACUUUGUGAUUUGAAUAGUCAUAUUUUUUUCUAUCUGCCAUCCAUUGUGUAACUUUUAUUUUUGUAACAUUUCAUUGAAGAAUAUAUCACAGGUCAACAGCCUCUCUAAACCCAUCCAUUUGAUUGGUUUUAUACAGUAAUGUACUGUAAAGACUGACAGUAAAGUAAAAGAAGUUUACAUUAUAUGAUCAGUCAUUUGUUAUAGUUUCUGAAUUCAUGAAGUGACUAAAUGUAGAACAAAUAUUUACAAAUUGUACAUUUUAAAAGAGAAAUUACCGCCUUUUUGACCUAGCCUAUGUUUUUAUUUGAAUAGCAUCAAUGAACAGUCUACUGGUUAGAGCAAUUUGAAUUAUGUAUACCAUAUGUGAUAUUUGCUUAAUCAUGUUUAUUUUAGGGCUGGGCCCAACGCACUUUCAAUUCCUCCAAUUCAAAAAUGGUACUUUUAAAACCUGUAGUCAAUCUUGAUUAAAAGAGAUUUGGUUUGUUGACGUUUUGACUGAAAUUCUGGGAAGCUAGGAGUGUUUUUUUUUUUUUUCCCAUUUCUGUGUUGAACUGAAUUGGAAGUGUCCCAGGCCUCUGUUGUUUUGUGCACUGGCGGCCAACACUUUUCUCUUUUUGUUGAAUUUUCAUUUGUAGCUGAUGUUUAUUCAUAUGCCAAAGACUUGUGUAAAUAUGUCUAUACAGUUAAAGCACAUUGUUUGUAUUUAUUGUUUACCUGCAUUGCUUUUAAGAACAAUCUUUUUUUUUAAUGUCAUGUUUACUCUUACUAGCACCGGUGUCCCCUUGGUCCAGAAAAGUGUACUAAAAGGCAACACCAGCUAGGUUUGAGAAAAGAGCCUUGCCAUCAAAGCUGUAUAUUAAAGCAUUAGACAUAGAUUUUCAGUAUUUAGGUGGACUUCAGUAGUAUUGUCUUGUUUUCCCUUAUUGAAUCAAUGUGAUGUUAUUGUGGUUUUCUUUGUAUAAAAUGCCAUUGCUGUUUGUGGUGAGUAGUUGCCUCAGACAGUCUCAAUCAGUGCAUUUCUGUGCACGUAUGUUGGAUCAAAGCACCUGCCCCUCGUAAUGUUGGGGAAAGCUUUUGAUCGUCAUUUCCUGCUUAGCAUUUCCCCAAACGUGCUCAGUGGGUGAAGCUAGCGGGACUGUGAAACCAACAAGUUUAUUGUGCCUAAUUAUUUGUUGAUGCAAGCAUUUGAACUGCAUUGCUACCAGGGUGCCGCUUGAGAGUGUUCUUGUCCACCUUCACCGUUUGAAUAGAAUUUUCAAGUUUCAUGUUUUUCUUCACCAGAAAGCCCCAAUCCACAUCUUUAGUGCACAAGCUUACAUGACACAGUAUGUGCUUCUGUUGUGAACAAAAAUGUUUGAAUAAAAAAAAAAUAUUGUAAAUAAAAUACAAUAAUAAAAUGGGCCUGCGGUCAUCUGUUAAAAGGGAUAUUAAUGUAAAUAAGACUAUCGUAAAGGCUCUAUUGGAAAGAUAGGGCUGAUGGUUGGCAGAUCAUCAGUUCUGCUGUAGAUACAAAGGUCAAAGAUUGUACUCCAGGAAUAUUCAAAAAGUUAUUGUUUAGACAAAUUCUUUAUUUUGCUGACUUUUUUGUUCUCCAGAUUUGUAGUCUGACCAUAAGACUGUCAGACGCCUUCACUACACACUUACAAAGACUUACUACUGAGUUGCAUUGAGCCCUGAUCAAGUCGACAGCAUGCAAAGAGCAGUGAAUGAACAUGUUAAGAUCCCCUCUGACUGUACCAUCGUCAAACCUGAAGCCUCAAAAAGUCACUGGUGAAGGUGUCUGCUUGAGAGCCCAGAAAUGAUCUAUAAAAACCUCAUAUUAUUAUCUGUAAUGUUUGGCUUCUUUGCUGUAAUAAAGACCACUUC